UUAACGGAUGAGUGGAAAUAUAGCUAGUUUUAACGGACGAAGGCUAUAGUUUUGAGGGGUAAAUAUAGCUAGUUUUAACUUACAAGGGGUAAAUAUAGCUAGUUUUAACAGUUGAGGGGUAAAUAUAGUUAGGUGAGGGGUAAAUAUAGCUAGUUUUAACAGUGAGGGGUAAAUAUAGUUAGGUGAGGGGUAAAUAUAGCUAAUGUUUAACAGCUCAACAGUAAAUAUAGCUAGUUUUAACAGUGAGGGGUAAAUAUAGCUAGUUUUAACUGUUGAAGGGUAAAUAUAGCUAGUUUUUAACAGGUGAGGGGUAAAUAUAGUUAGGUUAGGGGUAAAUAUAGCUAGUUUUAACAGUGAGGGGUAAAAAUAUAGUUAGUUUUAACGGACGAAGGGUAAAUGUAGCUAGUUUUAACCGGUGAGGGGUAAAUAUAACUAGUUUUUAACCGUGAAGGGUAAAUAUAACUAGUUUUAACUGUUGAAGGGUAAACAUAGCUAGUUUUUACCGGGAGAAGAAGGGAAAAUAUAGCUAGUUUUAACAGGUGAGGGGUAAAUAUAGUUAGUUUUAACAGCUAAGGGGCAAAUAUAACUAGUUUUAACAGGUGAAGGGUAAAUAUAGCUAGUUUUUAACACGUGAAGGGUAAAUAUAGCUAGUUUUAACCGUUGAAGGGUAAAUAUUGCUAGUUUUUAAUAGGUGAAGGGUAAAUAUAGCUAGUGUUAACAGGCGAGGGGUAAAUAUAGUUAGGUGAGGAGCAAAUAUAGUUAGUUUUAACGGACGAAGGUAAAUGUAGCUAGUUUUAACCGGUGAGGGGUAAAUAUAGCUAGUUUUUAACCGGUGAAGGGUAAAUAUAACUAGUUUUAACUGUUGAAGGGUAAACAUAGCUAGUUUUUACCAGGAGAAAAAGGGAAAAUAUAGCUAGUUUUAACAGGUGAGGGGUAAAUAUAGUUAGUUUUAACAGCUAAGGGGCAAAUAUAACUAGUUUUAACAGGUGAAGGGUAAAUAUAUAGAUCUAAAGUAUGACUGUAGGGGUAUAUGCAAUAACGGAGAGUAAAUAUAGCUUAUUUUCGAUUGCAGAUGUGUAAAUAUAGCUUAUUUUUUACAGUAGAUAGGUAAAUAUAGCUUAUUUUUGACAGUAGAUGGACAAAUAUAACUUAUCAGAGGGGCAAAUAUAGCUUAUUUUUUAUAGUAGAGGGGCACAUAUAUGAUCCUUUUUCUUGUAUUACUAGUAGGGUGUCAAUGGUUUUCAAAAAACCGACGUAACCGACCGAACCAUACUGUACCGAACCGAUUUUAGGUUUCCUUUAAUAAAACCGACGGUUUUUAUAAAAAUUUAUAACCGUACCGAAUAAUUGGGUUGGUUUUUAAUUUUAUAAAAAUAAAUCGAAAAAAUACCGAACCGUACCGAAUAAAGUUAUAUGUGUUAUAUUAGAUUUAUAUACAAUAAAUAUUAAAAUUUUCUUCUUGGGUUCGGGAUGAUGAAAUAAUUAACACCUAAAGUUCCAACUCUGAAACCUAUUAUACUACCCCUAUUGAAAUUAAAUUAGUUCUAGCGUCUCGAAUAGUAACUAGCUUGCAAGCUACAAGGUAUUCCGACGAUUUUCGAUAGAAAGUUACAAAGUAUUAGAUAUUUUUCCUCUCAUAUGAUUUUAAAUUUCUCUUAUUGGAUACUUAAUCUUAGUAGUCUCAGUUCUUGAGUCCCAUCCUGAUUGAUUUUUGCCCCCUCGUGCGAUAUAAAUUAUACUUUUUGUCUUUGCUUACCACUAUUUUACACUACCGCAAAAUAGUGAGAUGAAUCUUUAUUCUUGUCGUCUUUCAUGUUUUCUUGAUUCAUCACCUUUUAAACAGUAAAAAUAUCUAGAACUUUUGCCAAAGUCCUACUGAAGUAUGCAUGAUAUCGUGUCUUUAACUUUUACUAGUGACUAUGACAUGAUGUUGUUUUGUUUUAAAAAAAUCGAAAAUUAACCGAACCGUACCGAUAUUGAAGGGAAACCGAGAUGAUGGGACGGUUUCGGAAAGUCUAAUUUUGAUUCUACAAAGUGAAAUAACCGAAAAACUGGUACGAUAUAAAUUUUAUAAAAUAAACGCCCGAACCGUACCAUUGACACCCUAUUUACUACUACAAGUUUCUAGAGCACCGUUCCACAGUCCGCUAGUAAACCUUAGUAGUAGCACUAAUUGAAUUAGCCAUCAAAAGCAAAGUUCUUCGAUCUCUGUAUUUCAAUCUUCAAAUUUCUUAGUUAUUGAAUUAAAAAAGGUAUGGAGGCAUCGAAUUUGAAUGAACUGAAGCAAUUUGUCGAACAGUGCAAGUCUGAUCCUUCAAUUCUCUCAGAUCCUUCUCUUUCCUUCUUCACUGAAUACAUUCAAAGUCUUGGUGGUAAGCUUCCUACGACGGCCGAUGAACACAAAGCGAAGUCUUACGUGGUGGAUGAGAGUGAUGAGGAAAUGGGUGACCCUGAGAAUGAGGAUCAUAAAAAAGGGUCUGCUGAAGAAGAAGAGGAGCCUGAGAUAAUUGAAUCCGAUAUCGAACUUGAUGAGAGCGACAUCAUGGACCCUGACAAUGAUGAGCCACAACAGAUGGGAGACCCUUCUGUGGAGGUUACAGAGGAAAGCCGUGAUGCUUCUCAAGAGGUCAAGUCUCAGGCCAUGGAAGCGAUUUCUGAAGGUAAGCUAGAAGAUGCAAGUGAACUUCUGACAAAGGCGAUUCUCCUCAACCCUAGAUCAGCAAUUAUGUAUGCAACCAGAGCCACUGUGUACAUCAAAAUGAAGAAGCCAAAUGCAGCCAUACGAGAUGCAAAUGCAGCCUUAGAGAUCAACCCAGAUUCAGCUAAAGGAUAUAAAUCACGUGGCAUUGCACGAGCCAUGCUUGGACAAUGGGGCGAUGCUGCCAAGGAUCUUCACGUGGCUUCCAAGCUAGACUUUGAUGAGGAAAUAAAUGCUGUGCUUAAGAAGGUUGAGCCUAAUGCACGUAAAAUUGAAGAGCACCAGAAGAAGUAUGAUAGGCUGCGUAAAGAACGAGAAGAUAGAAAGAUUGAGCGUGAGAGACAGCGAAGAAAGGCUGAAGCUCAGGCUGCUUAUGAGAAGGCCAAGAAGCAAGAAGAAUCAUCAUCAAGGAGAGCUGGCGGCAUGCCCGGGGGCUUCCCUGGUGGCAUGCCCGGGGGCUUCCCUGGUGCCAUGCCCGGGGGCUUCCCUGGUGCCAUGCCCGGGGGCUUCCCUGGUGCCAUGCCCGGGGGCUUCCCUGGUGCCAUGCCCGGGGGCUUCUCUGGUGGGAUGCCCGGUGGCUCUCCAGGAGGCAUGCCCGGAGGAGGCUCCCCUGGGGGAAUGCCCGGAGGAGGCUCUCCUGGGGGAAUGCCCGGAGGAGGCUCUCCUGGAGGCAUGCCCGGAGGGAUGCCUGGUAAUAUUGACUACAGCAAAAUACUGAAUGACCCUGAAUUAAUGGCAGCAUUCCAGGAUCCAGAAGUCAUGGCUGCCCUACAAGAUGUGAUGAAGAACCCGGCUAAUCUAGCGAAGCAUCAAGCAAAUCCCAAGGUUGCUCCUAUUAUCGCAAAGAUGAUGGGCAAAUUUGCUGGACCAAAGUGAGAGUUCCGUCUUUUAUGAGUUUAUGGACCCGAUGCUGUGAUUUGGUUGUCGACGUAUAUCAUCAAGCACGGGUUCACUAGGUCAUGCCCUGAAUAUGUCUAUCCAAGUAUAUAUUUAAACGUCAUGCAUCUGUCGAUCGAUUGAGCUGAUCAGCUUAAAUAGUUUACUUGGUAUAUGCAAUGUAAACACUUAUCAAUGGUUUAGAUAUGUUCUUUUUGCGCGUUGUUGAAUCUUUUUGAUGCAGUAAUAGUUGGUUAUGAUUAACUGUUCCAAAGCUGCAUGGGUCAAAAUAUUCCAUACAAUUGCAGUAACAAUGAGAUGUUCUGUUUGUUAAACUGUUCA